AUGUGGCGCCAAGGUUUCAAUGUGACAACUGCAAAAAACGAUUUAAGCAUCGACAUCACUUGCGAGAUCAUCAAAGGACUCAUUUAUAUUCCGAUUGUGCUUUUGAGAGUUUUGAGCCCCAACAUUGAAUAUUGGUAUUACUCUGAAGAACAUAAUGCAGCGUGGAUGCUGGAAAAAAAUACUAGAAGUCUGGAGCAGAGAACUCUGCAAUCUGGAUCAAAUCUUCGGAAAUCUUAUAGAUGGAAAUUAUCUAGUGUGGCAGCUUCAUCAACAGAAAUUCAGCACGAAAGUGGAGAUCAAUUAUUUGUUUGCUCGAAGUGCGGUAUAGAUUAUGGCUAUCAGGGGAGUUUCGAACCAGCAUUGAAUUAUCCAGAAUCGAUCGAGAAGAGGAAUGUAUUAGUUUGUCCAAAUUGUGGAAAAGAAUAUACAUUGAGAAAGAAUUGGCAAACUGGUGAUCAGGUGUAUUACCAAACAAGGUUGAAUAGGCAACAUUUGAAGGCAGCGACGGGUAAUCAACCACUUGGUCACGUUUGUCAAAUGUGUGGCAAAGCUUACAAACAGAGAUACAAUUUAACGAGACAUUUGAAAUAUGAAUGUAAUCGAAAUCCUCGUUUCAAAUGUCCGCUUUGCAUUUAUCAAGCCAAAAGAAGAGCACAUAUAAUUAGUCACGUGAAAACUGUGCAUGAUUGUGUCGACGCGUAUGCAAUUGAUUUAGAACCUGACUCUUGA